ACGGCUCGGGCCCCAGACUUUCUAGGAGAAGAAGUUCUCUGCGCAGGCGCCCUGCGGUCGCGGAGCUGUCUGGGUAAAAAUGGAUGCUCACGAUCUCUUUCGCCGGCUUGGCGUGGGGGCCAAAUUCGACGUGAGACGUUUCUCGGCGGACGCGGCGCGAUUCCAGGUAGGAAAAAGGAAAUAUGACUUUGAUUCUUCAGAGGUGCUGCAGGGACUGGACUUCUUUGGAAACAAGAAGUCUGUCCCGCUUCAAGAUGAAGAGAAAAAAGAAAGCCUAACUGAAAGGAAGAGGGAGCAGAACAAAAAAAAGAGGAAGAUGAUGACUUCAGAAAUUACUUCUCAAGAAGAAGGUUCUAUACAGUGGAUAUCAUCUGUGGAAGCAAAAAUUGAAGAUAAAAAAAUUAAAAGAGAAAAUAAACUAACUUCAGGGAAGUUGGAGAAUCUCAGAAAAGAAAAGAUAAACUUCUUCCGGAAUAAACACAAAAUUCAUGUCCAAGGAACUGAUCUUCCUGACCCAAUUGCUACAUUUCAGCAACUUGACCAGGAAUAUAAAAUCAAUUCUCGACUACUUCAGAACAUUCUAGAUGCAGGCUUCCAGAUGCCUACACCAAUCCAAAUGCAAGCCAUUCCAGUUAUGCUGCAUGGUCGAGAACUUCUGGCUUCUGCUCCUACUGGAUCUGGAAAGACUUUGGCUUUUAGCAUUCCCAUUUUGAUGCAACUAAAACAACCCACAAAUAAAGGCUUCAGAGCCCUGAUUAUAUCACCAACACGAGAACUUGCCAACCAGGUGAAUGAAACCUCAUCUCAGUUUUUGAGAGGAAAAAAAAAACAUACAGUGACGUGUUCUACCCUUCCAAUGUGCUUAAUAGAAAAUACAUGCCAAAUUCACCGAGAGUUAGUAAAAAUCUCUGAGGGAACAGGAUUCAGGAUACACAUGAUACACAAAGCAGCAGUGGCAGCCAAGAAAUUUGGACCUAAAUCAUCUAAGAAGUUUGAUAUUCUUGUGACUACUCCAAAUCGACUAAUCUACUUAUUAAAGCAGGAUCCUCCAGGAAUAGAUUUAACAAGUGUUGAGUGGCUGGUGGUAGAUGAAUCAGACAAACUGUUUGAAGAUGGCAAAACUGGGUUCAGAGACCAGCUGGCUUCCAUUUUCCUGGCCUGCACAUCCCAUAAGGUCAGAAGAGCUAUGUUCAGUGCAACUUUUGCAUAUGAUGUGGAGCAGUGGUGCAAACUCAACCUGGACAAUGUCAUCACUGUAUCCAUUGGAGCAAGGAAUUCUGCAGUGGAGACUGUAGAACAAGAGCUUCUCUUUGUUGGGUCUGAGACUGGGAAGCUUCUGGCCAUGAGAGAACUUGUUAAAAAGGGUUUCAACCCACCCGUUCUUGUUUUUGUUCAGUCCAUUGAAAGGGCUAAAGAACUAUUUCAUGAGCUCAUAUAUGAAGGUAUAAAUGUGGAUGUUAUUCAUGCUGAGAGAACACAGCAACAGAGAGAUAACACAGUCCACAGCUUCAGAGCUGGAAAAAUCUGGGUUCUUAUUUGUACAGCCUUGCUAGCCAGAGGGAUUGAUUUUAAAGGUGUGAACUUGGUGAUCAACUAUGACUUUCCAACCAGCUCAGUGGAAUAUAUCCACAGGAUCGGUCGAACUGGAAGAGCAGGGCAUAAAGGAAAAGCUGUUACAUUUUUCACUGAGGAUGAUAAGCCAUUAUUAAGAAGUGUUGCCAAUGUUAUACAGCAGGCCGGAUGUCCUGUACCAGAAUACAUAAAAGGUUUCCAAAAACUACCAAGCAAACAAAAGAAAAAGAUGAUUAAGAAGCCAUUGGAAAGGGAGAGCAUUAGUACAACUCCAAAAUAUUUCUUAGAAAAAGCUAAGAAUAAACAGAAAAAGGUCACUGGUCAGAACAGCAAGAAGAAAGUAGCUCUUGAAGACAAAAGUUAAAAACCAACUUUCUAAAAGACUUUAUCAGAAAUGGAGUUUAAUGAUCCCAGCAUGAAUGUUGUUUUCAUGGAAUACUUCAAAUCCUGUAAUCACCUGUAACAUUUGAAAGCAACUACAAGAACAUGGGACUGAUGAAAAAUGAUCCUAAACUAUCAAUGCAUCAUGUCAGAUUUCAAUUUGUUGGUGACUUUUAACUGACUACACAAUGGAAAUAACAUUCAUUGACAUUUCUGUGGUUUGAAUCCAGAGAGAUAACUUCUUAUAGAAGAACAAAAGCUUAUGCUAAAAUUAACACCCAAAUGUGGUGAACUCUUAAGGAUUUUUCCCUUCAAGUAUGAAGGAAGGUGUGAUGUAUGCUGUGGAGAGUCAUCUGGAACCAGAUUUAAAAGUAAAGCCUUGAGGGGCGCCUGGGUGGCUCAGUCAGUUAAGCGUCCGACUUCAGCUCAGGUCAUGAUCUCACAGUCUGUGAGUUCGAGCCCCACUUCGGGCUCUGUGCUGACAGCUCAGAGCCUGGAGCCUGCUUCAGAUUCUGUGUCUCCCUCUCUCUCUGACCUUCCCCCGUUCAUGCUCUGUCUCUGUCUCAAAAAUAAAUAAACAUUAAAAAAAAAAAAAAA